AUCCAAGUGCUAUACAGAUAGAGUCCUUCAACCUGGCAGUGCUGAAUUUGUUUAUAUAUUUCAAUCUCGAGCUCCAUUUUUCUUGAGCACCGCAAAAAUGAUUGCUCGAAAAAUGCCUAGUACAAAGACCAUAUUGUCCACGGCUGCCUCUCUUGCUGCAUCGGCUAUGCUUAUCCGAUCCAUUGCCAAUGAAUUCCUCCCUGCUGAAUUCCAACACUACUACAUUUCUGCCAUUCGUAAUUUGAGUAAUUACCUUUCUUCUCAAUUCACCAUUGUUAUAGACGAAUUCCGAGGGCACGCCAUAAACGAAUUGUUUCAGGCCGCUGAUAAGUAUUUGGGCACGAUAACCACACCGUCCACUCAAAGGGUUAAGUUGGGGAAGGCCGAGGAUGAGAAGAAUCUAGCAAUCACUGCGGAUACAAAUGUGGAGAUUGUGGACAUUUUUGAAGAUGUCCAAGUCAAAUGGAUGUUGGUUUGUAUGGAGUCGAAGGGUUAUGAAACAGCAGGCUAUGGACAGCAAGUGAGGGACCUAACAGCAACUCUCCGAGCAGAAGUCAGAUCAUAUGAGUUAAGUUUUAACAAGAAAUACAAAGAAAAGGUGUUGAAUUCAUACCUGCCAUACGUUUUGGAGAGAGCUAAGAUCAUUGAAGAAGAGGGCAAGGCGAUAAAGCUUCAUACAGUGAGAUACCAAUACUGGGAUGCGAAAGCAAUCAAAAUUGACCACCCCAUGACCUUCGAGACCCUGGCAAUGGAUACAGAGAUAAAGAAGGCAUUGAUAGAAGAUUUGAAUAAUUAUAUCAAUGGGAAGGAGUUUUACAGAAGAGUUGGAAAGGCUUGGAAACGUGGAUACUUGUUGCAUGGUCCUCCUGGAACGGGCAAGUCAAGCUUGAUUGCAGCCAUGGCUAAUUACCUCAACUAUGACAUUUAUGACUUGGAUCUAACAGAUGUCCAGUGUAACUCGGAUCUAAGGUGCUUGUUGCUUGGCAUGUCUAGCAGAUCCAUACUUGUCAUUGAGGAUAUUGACUGCUCUAUCAAGCUGCAAAACCGAGAAUCUGAAGAUGAAGAUGAAGAUGAAAAUGAAUCAAAAUAUCCCGAAAACAAGGUGACACUUUCCGGGAUUCUUAACUUCAUUGAUGGCCUCUGGUCGUGCUGUGGAUCCGAACGUCUCAUUAUUUUCACAACGAAUCACAAAGAUCGACUAGAUCCUGCACUACUGAGACCCGGUCGUAUGGAUAUGCACAUCCAUAUGUCCUACUGCACCUUCUCGUCAUUCAAGCAACUAGCCUUAAAUUAUCUGGGGCUUUGUAAUCACGAGCUAUUUAAGCAGAUAGAAGAGAUCUUGGGCGAGGCCAAGGUCACCCCAGCAGAAGUUGCAGGGGAGCUGAUGAAGAGCAGUAAUGCUGAAGUUUCCCUGCAAGGCCUUCUUAAAUUCCUCAAGAACAAGAUGACUGAAAAAGAAAAGAAGGAAACUACGAAGACAUUAGAAGCACAUAAGGAAGAGAAUGGAAAAUAGAAGACACGACAUACCAUAAACAUUACCAGACUACUUCUGAAGAGCUCAAAGACGAGGAGGGGCAGAUGAGGAGGAGAUUUUGGGGACAACUUCUGUUUGAGAUGUUCCAAAUUGAAUUUGAAAACAAUUGACAAAUAAAUGAUGCGGCCAUGAAUGCCAAAUUUACAUCAUUCUAAACUUGACGAUUCAUACAACUCCGUAUCAACCUAACAGUAUACUAGUAC